AUGGACGUCACCGCUGCAGUAGCCGAAAGAGAUAGAGGUCGAGCGGAGGGAGAAAGCCGAACUGCAACCGGAACGGAAGUUAUCUGGAGGCUAUCGUGCCACCGGCCGGCCGGAUCAGAGGUAGCACCAGCCGGCAGUGGGGCGGGGGUACGGGGCGGGGGUGGGGGUACGAAAGCGGUGAGGUGUGUUCUCACAUCGACGCCGAGUGAAAAUCAACGUUGCAUGUGCGUCGCGUCGUCCGCCGCCGCGCGGCGCAUUUCGACGGAUGUGCUGCUCGUGGCCGAGGUGAGGUGGCAGUGGCGGAUGCGACGACGGUGCCGGGGCGGCGGCAGUGGCUCAUCGGCGACAGCAACCCUCAGCUAA